GGAGAAGAUAAUUUCACUUACUGUCCAGCAACAGGCCUAGCUAAAGGAAAUGAGCACUCGGAAUUCGCUGGCUGGGCAUUUCCAUUUCCAGGGGUGUUUCUGACGGAGGAGUUCAUUAGCGAAGAUGAAGAAUCUGAGAUAGUUGAACUGAUGGAUCAAGAUGACUGGAAACCAUCACAGUCUGGCCGAAAGAAACAGGACUAUGGACCCAAAGUGAACUUCAAGAAACAAAAGCUGAAAGCUGACAGCUUUACCGGUUUGCCAAGUUUUAGUAAAAAGAUUGUGGCACAAAUGAGAGCCUGCUCUGUGCUUGGGGGUUUCUUACCUGUUGAACAGUGCAAUCUGGACUACAUGCCAGAAAGAGGUUCUGCCAUCGACCCACAUUUUGAUGACUGGUGGCUCUGGGGAGAGCGUCUGGUUAGCUUAAACUUGCUCUCAAAAACCGUGCUGUCCAUGUCUUGUGAUUCAGAGGACAGUAUCCAAUUAUUUCCCACUUUCAGCGAAGAGGGAAUCGGCUGCAUUUUAUCCCGAAGGCUUGUUCCAAGUGGAGAGGUGACUGUUGCCAUUCGCUUACCCCGGCGGUCUCUGGUGGUGCUGUACGGUGACGCGCGGUACAAGUGGAAACACGCCAUUCACCGCAGGCACAUAGAGCAGCGCCGCGUCUGUGUCACGUUCAGGGAGCUGUCUGCGGAGUUCAGCGCCGGAGGAAGGCAUGAGGAACUGGGGAAAGAACUGCUAGGAAUAGCUCUUUCGUUUAAAGGAAGGCCAGUGUGA